CGUCACGCCAGAAAAGCAUCAAAACAAGCAAGAAACAAAACAACAACCAAAAUUAUUCCAAUUUUUUGCCGAAAUUUGCCCUCAAAUGGACGUGGACGAGGCCGUGCAGUCAAUCUGUGAAUCGACGGCUUCCCUGUCUGAAGGAUGUCGCCUGCCGGUUCGAAUGACCGGAACCAACGAUUGGCCACUGGCGGAGAUUAUCAGCAUCAAAGAGCAGGCCGAGGACGGUAACACCUGGUACUAUGUGCACUACGUGGACUUCAACAAACGGUUGGACGAGUGGGUCAUGGAGGAGUAUUUGGACACUCGGAAGGUACAAUUCCCACGGAAGGAUGGCCUCACGACUGGUCAGAACACUGGCGUUACAACACCGAAGCGGAUACCGCCCAUCGGGGAACGUUCCCGGCCGGCAAGUCCAAUCCAUUCGCCGGACAUUGUUAACGGCAGUGCGGUGUUGGCGGCCGCCUUGCAGAAGAAAAUCAACCGCAAACGAAAGGCCACCUCCACAGAGAACGAAGACUCGCAGGAAGUUCCGACGACGCCGACGCCUCGACAGUCCGGAAGUAUGGUGACGCACGGUCACGACGACGUUGUGACGCGAAUGAAAAACGUUCAACUGAUUGAGCUUGGUCAGCACCGCAUCAAGCCGUGGUACUUUGCGCCAUACCCCCAAGAAAUGUGCACCAUGACCUGCAUCUACAUCUGCGAGUUCUGCCUCAAGUAUCGCAAGAGUCGAAAAUGCCUCGAAAGGCACAUCAAAAAGUGCAACCUGCGACAUCCGCCGGGGAACGAAAUCUACCGCAAGCAAACGAUCAGUUUUUUCGAGAUUGACGGGCGCAAGAACAAGAGCUACGCGCAGAACCUGUGUCUGCUGGCGAAGCUGUUCCUGGACCAUAAAACGCUCUACUACGACACCGAUCCGUUCCUGUUCUACGUGAUGACGGAGUUCGACUCGCGGGGUUUCCACAUUGUGGGCUAUUUUUCCAAGGAGAAGGAAAGCACGGAAGAUUACAACGUGGCGUGUAUUCUGACGAUGCCGCCGUACCAGCGCAAAGGCUACGGCAAACUGUUGAUCGAGUUUAGUUAUGAAUUAUCCAAAUUCGAAGGCAAGACUGGAUCCCCCGAAAAACCGCUAUCCGAUUUGGGACUGCUUUCAUAUCGAAGCUACUGGGCGCAAACAAUUUUGGAAAUUCUGAUUCUUGCAAAACCGACCGGCGACAACGAGAAACCGCAGAUAACAAUCAAUGAAAUUUGUGAGUUGACCAGCAUCAAGAAGGAGGAUGUAAUUUCAACGUUGCAGAUCCUAAACUUGAUAAACUACUAUAAGGGCCAGUACAUAAUCUGCAUAAAUAAAGAAACAAUCGAUCAGCACCGGAAAGCGAUGGAGAAACGAAAGAUCCGGAUUGAUUCCAAGUGUCUCCACUGGACGCCCAAGGACUGGUCCAAGCGUUCCAAGUGGUAGAAUCGUCUCCCCCCUCCAUUCGAUUGCCACAAAACAGCCCCAAAAGCGCGUAAAUAUCUCCCCUUCAUUAAUAUCUCUUACAACUGUAUUUGACUUUAGUGAGAUGUGUUCCCAUCCUAACAAACGUGAGCAGGUUUUACUGGAGAGCUGGGCGACGAAAUGCUGCUCUGCGUCAAGAUUUACCCUUACUACACUUAAUGAUUAGAUAAUAAAUUGAAUAAUUUAAUGCGA